CUUUAUUGUGACACCCCAGAGCAGCUGUCAUGGAUGACUCACAUCAUCAAGGGACCCCCCAGGUCCAUACCUCUCUUGGAAGGAAUACACUGGAAGGGCAGCUAUGGCCAGAGUUGCAGACCCUGAAGAAUUCUCCAUUCCCAUGCAACCCAAAUAAAUUAGGAGUGAAUAUGCCUUCUGAAUCAGUUCACUCUCUGAAGCCUUCUGAUAUUAAAUUUCUGGCAGCCAUUGGCAAUCUGGAGAUUCCUCCAGACCCAGGGACGGGUGAUCUGGAGAAGCAAGAAUGGACUGAAGAAAGGCCACAGCAGGUGUGCAUGGAAGUGAUGACAGUCCUUUCAGACAUCAUCAGACAUUUCAAUCCUUCCGUUCCAAUGCCCGUGUGCCACACUGGAAAGACAGUGGUACCCCACGAUGGUGCCGAUGACUUGUGGAUGCAGGCUCAAGAACUGGUGAGAAACAUGAAAGAGAACCUGCAACUUGAUUUUCAGCUUGACUGGAAGCUCAUCAAUGUGUUCUUCAGUAAUGCAAGCCAGUGUUACCUGUGCCCCUCUGCUCAACAGAAUGGGCUUGCGGCGGGCGGCAUGGACGAGCUGAUGGGGGUGCUGGACUACCUGCGGCAGGAGGUCCCCAGAGCGUUUGUAAACCUGGUGGACCUCUCUGAGGUUGCAGAGGUCUCUCGUCGGUAUCAGGGCACUUGGCUCAGCCCUGCGCCAGAGCCCUGCAACUGCUCAGAGGAGACCUCCAGGCUGGCCAAGGUGGUGAUGCAGUGGUCUUAUCAGGAAGCCUGGAACAGCCUCCUGGCCUCCAGCAGGUACAGUGAGCAGGAGUCCUUCACGGUGGUUUUCCAGCCUUUCUUCUAUGAAACCACCCCGUCUCUACCCUCGGAGGACCCCCCACUCCAGGAUUCUACCACACUGGCCUGGCAUCUCUGGAAUAGGAUGAUGGAGCCAGCAGGAGAGAAAGAUGAGCCACUGAGUGCAAAACACAGGAGGCCAAUGAAGUGUCCCUCUCAGGAGAGCCCCUAUCUGUUCAGCUACAGGAACAGCAACUACCUGACCAGACUGCAGAAACCCCGAGACAAGCUUGAGGUAAGAGAAGGAACAGAAAUCAGAUGUCCUGACAAGGACCCGUCCGAUACGGUUCCCACCUCAGUUCAUAGGCUGAAGCCGGCUGACAUCAACGUAAUUGGAGCCCUGGGUGACUCUCUCACGGCAGGCAAUGGGGCUGGGUCCACACCUGGAAACAUCUUGGACGUCUUGACUCAGUACCGAGGCCUGUCCUGGAGCGUCGGCGGAGAUGAGAGCGUCAGCACCGUUACCACCCUGGCGAACAUUCUCCGGGAAUUCAACCCUUCCCUGAAGGGCUUCUCUGUUGGCACUGGGAAAGAAACCAGUUCUAAUGCCUUCUUAAACCAGGCUGUGGCAGGAGGCCGAGCUAAGGAUUUACCUGUCCAGGCCAGGAGGCUGGUGGACCUGAUGAAGAAUGACACGAGGAUACACUUUCAGGAAGACUGGAAGAUAAUAACCCUGUUUAUAGGCGGCAAUGACCUCUGUGAUUUCUGCAGUGAUCCGGUCCACUAUUCUCCCCAGAACUUCACAGACAACAUUGGGAAGGCCCUGGACAUCCUCCACGCCGAGGUUCCUCGGGCAUUUGUGAACCUGGUGACGGUGCUUGAGAUCGUCAACCUGAGAGAGCUGUACCAGGAGAAGAAAGUCUACUGCCCAAGGAUGAUCCUUAGGUCUCUGUGUCCCUGUGUCCUGAAGUUUGAUGAUAACUCAACAGAACUUGCCACCCUCAUCGAAUUCAACAAGAAGUUUCAGGAGAAGACCCACCAACUGAUUGAGAGUGGGCGAUAUGACACAAGGGAAGAUUUUACGGUGGUCGUGCAGCCGUUCUUUGAAAACGUGGACUUGCCAAAGACCUCGGAAGGAUUGCCUGACAACUCUUUCUUUGCGCCUGACUGUUUCCACUUCAGCAGCAAGUCUCACUCCCGUGCAGCCAGCGCCCUCUGGAACAAUAUGCUGGAGCCUGUUGGCCAGAAGACGACACGUCAUAAGUUUGAAAACGAGAUCAAUAUCACAUGUCCGAACCAGGUCCAGCCGUUUCUGAGGACCUACAAGAACAGCGUGCAGGGUCAUGGGACCUGGCUGCCAUGCAGGGACAGAGCCCCUUCUGCCUCGCCCCCUAACUCAGUGCAUGCUCUGAGACCUGCAGACAUCCAAGUUGUGGCUGCUCUGGGGGAUUCUCUGACCGCUGGCAAUGGAAUUGGCUCCAAACCAGACGACCUCCCCGAUGUCACCACACAGUAUCGGGGACUGUCAUACAGUUCGGGAGGGGACGGCUUCCUGGAGAAUGUGACCACCUUACCUAAUAUCCUUCGGGAGUUUAACAGAAACCUCACAGGCUACGCCGUGGGCACGGGUGACGCCAGUGACAUGAAUGCAUUCCUCAAUCAAGCUGUUCCUGGAGCAAAGGCUGAGGAUCUUAUGAGCCAAGUCCAAACUCUGAUGCAGAAGAUGAAAGAUGACCAUAGAGUGAAUUUCCGUGAAGAUUGGAAGGUCAUCACAGUGCUGAUUGGAGGCAGAGAUUUAUGUGACUACUGCACAGACUCGAAUCUGUAUUCUGCAGCCAACUUCGUUGACCAUCUCCGCGAUGCCUUGGAUGUCCUACAUAGAGAGGUGCCCAGAGCCCUGGUCAACCUCGUGGACUUCUUGAACCCCAGUGUCAUGCGGCAGGUGUUCCUGGGAAACCCGGACAAGUGCCCAGUGCAGCAGGCCAGCAUUUUGUGUAACUGCGUUCUGACCCUGCGGGAGAACUCCCAAGAGCUGGCCAGGCUGGAGUCCUUCAGCCGAGCCUACCAGAGCAGCAUGCGUGAGCUGGUGGAGUCAGGCCGCUAUGACACACGGGAGGACUUUUCGGUGGUGCUGCAGCCCUUCUUCCAGAACGUCCAGCUCCCUGUCCUGGCGGAUGGGCUCCCAGAUACGUCCUUCUUCGCCCCAGACUGCAUCCACCCAAGUCAGAAAUUCCACUCCCAGCUCGCCAGAGCCCUUUGGGCCAAUAUGCUUGAACCACUCGGAAGCAAAACAGAGACCCUGGACCUGAGAGCACAGAUCCCCAUCACCUGCCCCACUCAGAAUGAGCCCUUCCUGAGGACCCCUCGGAACAGUAACUACACAUACCCCACCAAGCCAGCCACUGAGAACUGGGGCAGUGACUUCGUGUGUACAGAGUGGAAGGCUUCCAAUAGUGUUCCAACCUCUGUCCACCAGCUCCAACCAGCAGACAUCAAAGUGGUGGCCGCCCUGGGUGACUCUCUGACUACAGCAGUGGGAGCUCGACCAAACAACUCCAGUGACCUACCCACAUCUUGGAGGGGUCUUUCUUGGAGCAUCGGAGGGGAUGGGAACUUGGAGACUCACACCACACUGCCCAAUAUUCUGAAGAAGUUCAACCCUUACCUUCUUGGCUUCUCUACCGGCACCUUGGAGGGGACAGCAGGACUAAAUGUGGCAGUGGAAGGGGCCAGAGCUAGGGACAUGCCAGCCCAGGCCUGGGACCUGGUAGAGCGAAUGAAAAACAGUCCCGACAUCAACCUGGAGAAAGACUGGAAGCUGGUCACACUCUUCAUUGGGGGCAACGACUUGUGUCAUUACUGUGAGAAUCCGGAGGCCCACUUGGCCACGGAGUAUGUUCAGCACAUCCAACAGGCCCUGGACAUCCUCUCUCAGGAGCUGCCAAGGACUUUCGUCAACGUGGUGGAGGUCAUGGAGCUGGCCAGCCUGUACCAGGGCCAAGGCGGGAAAUGUGCCAUGCUGCCAGCUCAGAACAACUGCACUUGCCUCAGACACUCUCAAAGCUCCCUGGAGAAGCAAGAACUGAAGAAAGUGAACUGGAACCUCCAAAAUGGCAUCUCCAGUUUCUCCUACUGGCACCAAUACACACAGCGUGAGGACUUCACAGUUGUGGUCCAGCCUUUCUUCCAAAACACGCUCAUACCACUGAACGAGAGAGGGGACACUGACCUCACCUUCUUCUCCGAGGACUGUUUUCACUUCUCAGACCGGGGACAUGCUGAGAUGGCCAUUGCGCUCUGGAACAACAUGCUGGAACCAGUGGGCCGCAAGACUACCUCCAACAACUUCACCCACAGCCGAGCCAAACUCAAGUGCCCCUCUCCUGAGAGCCCUUACCUCUACACCCUGCGGAAUAGCCAGCUGCUCCCAGACCAGGCUGAAGAAGCCCCCAAUGUGCUCUACUGGGCUGUGCCAGUGGCGGCGGGAGUCGGCCUUGUGGUCGGCGUCAUCGGGACAGUGGUCUGGAGGUGCAGAAGAGGUGGCCGGAGGGAAGAUCCUCCAAUGAGCCUGCGCACUGUGGCCCUCUAGGCCCCGGGGGGGGUCCCUCCCUAGCCACUCUCCUCAGUGCCCUCUGCCCCAGCCACUCCCAGCCACCAGGACAUGCUUCGACACCUGGUGCCAUAGGAAGCCCAGGGGAUAGUCACAACUUCUCGGGGCCUAGGCUUCUUCCAGGCCUAUGCUCCUGGAAGGGGUAUAUUUAAAUAAAGUUCAAAGCUGUUUUAUUCCUGGGUUUGCCUGUGUGAAGCACUUGCCUUUCAUCUCUUGUGCAGCCCAGGUGUGGGAACUGCCGCCUUUCGUGGCCUGCCUCCAGCAGGGCUGCCCAAGCCACGGCCAGUCAGAGCCCAAACUGCCUGCCACCACGAGCAUAUAUCCUCAAAUCACCAAACUCACUAUUUCAAAGGCAGAAAAAGCACUGGUCACCAGGUGGUGGCUGGAAUUUUGGAGCUGGCUGGCCACCAUUCAGUCCAAUCCAACACAUACUUAUUAAGCAACUGUUUUGUGUCCAGGACAAUGCGGAGCACUGAGGUGCCUCCUAGGCUGUGCAUGUCACAGCCUGGCCGAGAAGUCAAACUCCUUCAGUAACCAAGAAGCCAUGCAAUGAUGUGUAACUACUAGGGCAUCAGUAGGUAAAUGUGUCUCUUUGUUUUAAAGAAUAGAAAGGGUUCUUCGGGGACAGUUUCUUGGGAGAGCGCAACUUUCACAUGUCAUUUUGAGAAAAAGGAAAAAAAAUGAUUGAGACACAAA